GCGCUCAUCUAACACGUGCAUUCGGUGGCUUGUCGGCCAUGCUCCAGCCAACCUGGAGCGCUACCUGGAGCGCUACCUGGAUGAGGUCAUGCCGCCGCUCGCGGAGCAGCCGCUCCCACUGCCGACGCUGGGGGAUCUGGAGCACGUGGCGCGCCACGCGCGCCCGGCGGCUGCGGGCCCCGAUAUGCUGCCGUACCGCGCCUGGCUCUCCUCGGAGGGGUCGCUCGAGAUUUUGCACGCGGUAAUGAUGGAGCUCAUGCGAGGCGCCCAGCCGCCUCCUCAAUUCAAUCACUCGCUGAUGCUGUUCAUCCCGAAGGGUGACCAGCCGCCGUCGGCGACGGAAUGCAUUCGGACGCCAGGGGCCCUCAGGCCAUUGACACUGAAGAACUCGGAUGCGAAGCUCUGCGCUGCAGCUGGCAAUCGCUACUUGCGCACGCUGGCCGAGCAGUGCGUUGACGACGUGCAGCGUGGCUUCAUCCGGGGCCGGACCUUCACAGACAAUAUCUGGCAGUUGGACCUGCAGGCGCUGUACGUUGACCAGUGUUGCUGGGUUCGCUCCGGCGGUGCACUCUUCGUGCUGUGCCCUCUGGACUCCGGCGUAGCGCAGGGGUGUCCUCUUAGCGGCACUCUAUGGGCCCUGGCCUUCAACCCAUUCCUCGCUGGCAUGCAGAAGAUCUUGAUUGAGCCUUCAAGCAACGACAUGGCGAGGAGCGCCAGGAUGAACAUGGAGUACGACCGGCAUGUCCUCCGCUGGCGCUGCGGCAGCCUAGCGGCGUGCGCGGAUGACCUCGGACUGAUCGUGACCGCCCUCGCGCACAUUACACGUUUGAAGCCGCACUUCGAGGCCAUGUCGAUUAUGGCCGGCCUCCGGCUCCAGCCGUCGAAGUGCGUUCUGGUUCCGCUUUGGGGCAUCCUGUCAGAUACAGACGUUGCUGCUCUCCGCGUGGAACUGGGCACUCUCAUGGAGGGAUGGGGGGACUUCAGAAUUGCGAGCUUCAUGAAAUACUUGGGCGUCAAGCUCGGCCCGGGCGCAACGAACGACAUGCAGUGGGCGGAGGCGGCAGGCAAGUACCACAUGCGCUUGUGUCUACUCCGGGACUGCCCGGCGCCAAACGAGGUGAUAGUGCGCGACUACAACUCGGCGGCGCUGCGCGUGCUGAGCUACCUCAUGCAGUUCUUCGUUAUAGACCCCAAGCUAUAUUUCAGCGAACUUGAUGGUUUACAUCGCGUCCUGCGCUGCCCUCCCAAGGCGUUCACCAGAAACGACCUGCUCAGCAUGCGGCGCUGGGUGUCCAUGAAGUCCUUCACGUCGAUGCUCGCCCUGUCCUUCGCUACGAUGUGGCGCGCAGCGGCGGUCACCAUGACAGAGUGGCCGAGAUGGCUGGAGAGCUUGCGCGAGCAUGCGCUUGAGGAGGGUUUGGCGACACGGGUGGUACAGGGGCUGUGGUCUGCUCCGUUUUGGAAAGAAGAGCGCGCCAUGGUCCAGACGUUCGAUGACCACCUCUCGGCGCGCCCUCACGCUCGACUUCGUCGUAACGGCGUUCGCGCGGCAGCCAGUCUCAACAAGGCCCGGAGGGAGAUCGAGCAGCACGCGAGGCGUUCCCAGGGACGCGACAGCGUCCCCGUCCAGAAGGCGAUCUACCAGUCCUUGGCCCAAGAGCUUCAUGACGACUCCUUCCACGUCACCAUCGGGAAGAGAUUGGAGAAAUGGCUGGCUGAAGAUGGCGAGGUGGUGCCCGGAGACCUCCAGGAAAG